AUGUCUUUGAUUUCAAAAUUCGUGUUUACGGUGGCAUUGUUGCAAAUUUUGCAUUCUGGCUUUUCCAGCCAUGAGUUUGUUACAAUGAAGCAGCGUUUGGCUGCUAAUAGCGAUCUUGACCUUGAUGCUUUGUUCCUUCCGAGAGACGUACAAAUCGAAGCCUUUUGUGGGGUUGUCCUGCUAGCGCUGUCCAUUUUCUUGUCAUUUGGAAAACAAGAAUUUUUGCCGUUGUCAGGAAAGCUCAAAUUGCUGAAGCAGGACGGUGUAUUGCAAGAGAUUAGUAUAAACAAGGCUACAAAUGCCAAAAACUUGGCGGGAAGCAACCCAUAUGGCGAAAUCACAAAUUUGCCCAGCUUUGUCGAUAUACACGCAAAAAGGGCCGAGGUCAGACGGUGGAGAGAAGAACAAAUCCAGUCGAAAGCGUAA